GCGCUCUGCGCAGUCGGGUGCGAUUGGUCACCCCUGGCGGAGCCGCACCUCGGACAGCAGCAGCGGCGGCAGCUAGGGUCCUGCGUGGAGAGUGGGGCGCGACGGGGACUCGCGGGCGGAGGCUGCGCGUGGGGACCCAGCACGCGAAGACCCAGCACGAGAGCGACUCUGGGCACGAGUGAGAGGAGGCGGCGGCGCCGGGGCCGCGGGUGACAGCGCUGAGACCUCCCAUCCAUGGGCUUCAAACAGAAGACGCUGUAGAUUUGAAGAAUAAAAUGUGAAGACAGCCCGACUGCUCUUUGUUCUCGAGGACGGAACUGAAGGUUUAUAAGAAAAGUUGUAGUCAAUGAGAGAGACAAAAGGACUGAGCCAUCCACAAGCACCGUGCUUGCCACACCGGCCACCAUGCGUAAAGGGGCACUGAAGGACCCAGAGAUUGCUGAUCUGUUCUUCAAGGAUGACCCCGAAGAGCUUUUUAUCGAUUUGCAUGAAAUUGGACAUGGGAGCUUUGGAGCCGUGUACUUUGCGACAAAUGCGCACACCAACGAGGUGGUCGCUGUUAAGAAAAUGUCCUACAGUGGGAAGCAGACCCAUGAGAAAUGGCAAGAUAUCCUUAAGGAAGUUAAGUUUCUGCAGCAGCUGAAGCAUCCUAACACCAUCGAGUACAAAGGCUGUUAUUUAAAGGAGCACACUGCAUGGUUGGUGAUGGAGUACUGCCUAGGUUCAGCCUCUGACUUGUUAGAAGUUCAUAAGAAACCACUUCAGGAAGUGGAGAUCGCUGCUAUCACCCAUGGUGCCUUGCAGGGGCUGGCCUACCUCCACUUUCACUCCCUGAUUCACAGGUAAGUCCAAACCCCAGCUCCCUUUCUAGCUCCAUAGCCCAGGGACUACAGGAAUCAGCAUGGGGUCCAGUGUUGGGGGGUGGGGGCGCUAAGGGAUCACAGGAGGCAAACGAUACCUCCCGGCCUCUCCCAUAGCCCUGCAAAGACUGCACCCUGUCAUGUUUCAGGGGGCUGUUUAUUUGUUGUUUUUGGGUGAUGGUGGCAUGUUUAGUUUUAGAUUCUUUUUUUUUUUUCCUCUUUUGGGACAGGAUCUUACAAUGUAGCCCAGGCUGGCCCUGAACUCAUAAUGUAGCCCGGGUAGAUCUUGAGCUCCAUUGGUUCCGCCUCAGCCUCCGAAGGGCCGGCAUUUGUGGCAUGUACCACCAUGCUUUGCUUCCUAUGUGAGUAGCUGGCCUCCUGACAGUGCAAGGAAGUCAGGAAAACAGAAGCCGGGAGAACAGAAGCCGGUUGACUCCCGUGCACAGGAUAGCAUCGCGCUGAGCAAUCCCUUUCCUGUUGUAAGGAACAGGUGCCUCACAUCCCAGAGGCUUCCCAUGCCUGAAGUCUGUGUCAGUCCACACAUGAAAGGUCCUCAGCACUCAAUGGUGGCUCACACUCAAAACUGCCUGUAACUCCCAUUCCAGGAGGUCUGAUGCCCUCUUCUGACCUCUGUGGGGAUACAUUUCAUAGCACACACAGGCUACCAUGUAGCCCUAGGGACCAUAAAAAAUAAGUUAAAUAGACAACGAACCAGUCACAACUGGUAAAUAUUGGUUAAGUCCAUUGACCAUUUUAUCAAUGGACUUAUUACAUUUUUGAGGUGUGUUUUCUUGGAUUCACUGUCAUUGCUGGAUUCUGACUCGCUUGGACCUCUGCUGGGUUUCAUCCAAAGCUACAGUUUACUUUUGUGUUUGUUUCUUACUUUAAUCAGCACACUGUUUAUGAAAGAAAUGGAAAAGACAAAAAGGUUUUUUAAGUGUUUUUUUUUUCUUUUAACAUUCAUUGAAUUAAAAAAUGAAAGCCAGGCAUGGUAGCACACACCUUUAAUCCCAGCACUUGGGAGACAGAGGCAGGAUAAACUCCGUGAGUUCAAGGCCAGUCUGGUCCACAGAAUGCUUUCCAAGACAGCUGGGACAACAUAGAACCUGUCUCAUAGCCAGGCACAGUGGCAUGUGCAUAUAUUAUAAUCUCAGCACUUGGGAAGUAGAGGCAGAGGAAUAGGAAUUCAAGGCCAACCUGUGCUACAUAAAGAGUUCAAGGCCAGCCUGGACUAUAGAGGACCUGUCCUCGAACAAACCCUGAAUACCGUUCAUCUCAUCUUCUUAUGGCUUUGUGGGACGUCUCAUCUCCAAGCCCUUCUUUGUUAGAGAAUAAACAGCAUGUUUAUUUUCAGUCUUUCUGCCCAGUGUCAUCUUGAGGCGGAAGCUGUCAUUCCAGGGGAAGUUUUGGACACCCUUACACCCAUCGCUUUCUCUCCAUUUUCCCAGCUGUGUCUCAGCCCAUCGUCAGCUUGCAGCUCAUGGUUUCCAGUCCUCAUUCCCAUCUUAAGAAACACAAGGGGGCAUCUGCAUCAUCCUUCAUCCUGAGUUUUCAAAUGGCUUUUCCCUAACACCUGACUGCACCAUGCAUCUUAAGUGGCAAAACCAGCUGCGACCCGUCCUAGGGAUGCUGACUGCAAACUCCUAACCCUUAAUCCUUGUCUGUUUUGAUCUUUCAGGGUCUUCUCUUCUCUGUACAGUGUUAUUUCUUAAAUAACACCUUUUCUGUAACCCGUACCCUCCCAUGCCUUAGAGUGGCAGUUACAGUUAAAGGCAGAAAGGGGCACGGGCGAGACAGAACAGGUAUGUGUCCAGCUAAGGAACCCUGGUCAGGGUGGCAGCGUCAGGCAUGUCAGAUUUGGAAGUGGGGGACAAAGGGCAGUUACCAGUGGCUCCAGGUCUCCCAGCACAAGGAAUGUCGGUGGUGGCUGGAGAAAGCACUGAAGAACACGCUUUGUAAGGGUUGCGGUCUCCUUGCGCUCCUUGACUGGCAUGGCUGCCUCUUUCCCUCCCUCGCUCUACCCCUCUCUCUGAAGACAGCUCCUCCUGGAAGUCCUUCCAGUGACCGCCCAGGAAUGCGGCUCCCUUACAACAGGCAGUCAUCUCUGAGAAAAGGACAUUAAAGCAGGGAACAUCCUCCUCACAGAGCCAGGUCAGGUGAAGCUGGCUGACUUCGGAUCUGCCUCCAUGGCUUCUCCCGCCAACUCCUUUGUGGGGACUCCUUACUGGAUGGCCCCAGAGGUAAUCUUAGCUAUGGACGAAGGGCAGUACGACGGGAAAGUUGACAUCUGGUCGCUUGGCAUCACCUGCAUAGAGUUGGCGGAGCGGAAGCCCCCCCUCUUCAACAUGAACGCCAUGAGCGCCCUCUACCACAUCGCUCAGAAUGACUCCCCCACGCUACAGUCCAGGGAAUGGACAGACUCCUUCAGGAGAUUCGUUGAUUACUGCUUGCACAAAAUACCUCAGGAAAGACCAGCCGCGGUGGAGCUGUUGCGGCAUGACUUCAUUCGGAGGGAGCGGCCACCGAAGGUCCUCAUUGAUCUCAUACAGAGGACAAAAGAUGCUGUCCGAGAGCUGGACAACCUGCAGUACAGGAAAAUGAAGAAGAUCCUCUUCCAGGAGACUCGGAACGGACCCUUGAAUGAGUCGCAAGAAGAAGAAGAAGAUGGUGAGCAAGGAAGCAACCUGAACCGAGAGGUGGACAGUCUGGGCAGCAUCCACUCCAUUCCCAGCACAUCAGUGAGCACAGGCAGCCGGAGCAGCAGUGUGAACAGCAUGCAGGAGGUCAUGGAUGAGAGCAGCUCUGAGCUCGUCAUGAUGCAGGAGGAUGAAGGCACAGCCAACUCCAGCGCCUCCACGGUACACAAGAAGGAUCAUGUAUUCGUAAGGGAUGAGGCGGGCCACGGCGAUCCCAGGCCUGAGCCGCGGCCUACCCAGUCAGUUCAGAGCCGGGCCCUCCACUAUCGGAACCGAGAGCGCUUUGCCACGAUCAAAUCCGCGUCUUUGGUUACACGGCAGAUCCAUGAGCAUGAGCAGGAGAACGAGCUGCGGGAACAGAUGUCAGGUUAUAAGCGGAUGCGGCGCCAGCACCAGAAGCAGCUGAUCGCCCUGGAGAACAAGCUGAAGGCUGAGAUGGAUGAGCACCGCCUCAAGCUCCAGAAGGAGGUGGAGACGCACGCCAACAACUCGUCCAUCGAGCUGGAGAAGCUGGCCAAGAAGCAAGUGGCUACCAUAGAAAAGGAGGCAAAGGUAGCCGCAGCGGAUGAGAAGAAGUUCCAGCAGCAGAUCCUGGCCCAGCAGAAGAAGGACUUGACAACUUUCUUAGAAAGUCAGAAGAAGCAGUACAAGAUUUGUAAGGAGAAAAUAAAAGAGGAAAUGAACGAGGACCAUAGCACACCCAAGAAGGAGAAGCAGGAGCGGAUAUCGAAGCAUAAAGAAAACCUGCAGCACACGCAGGCCGAGGAGGAAGCCCACCUGCUCACUCAACAGAGGCUGUACUACGACAGAAACUGCCGCUUCUUCAAACGGAAAAUAAUGAUCAAGCGCCACGAGGUGGAACAGCAGAACAUUCGGGAGGAAUUAAAUAAGAAGAGGACCCAGAAGGAAAUGGAGCACGCCAUGCUGAUCCGGCAUGAUGAAUCCACCCGAGAGCUGGAGUACAGGCAGCUGCACACCCUGCAGAAGCUCCGCAUGGAUCUGAUCCGGCUGCAGCACCAGACGGAACUGGAGAACCAGCUGGAGUACAAUAAGAGGCGGGAGCGGGAGCUGCACCGGAAGCACGUCAUGGAGCUUCGGCAACAGCCGAAAAACUUAAAGGCCAUGGAAAUGCAAAUUAAAAAACAGUUUCAGGACACUUGCAAAGUACAGACCAAACAGUACAAAGCCCUCAAAAAUCACCAGUUGGAAGUCACUCCAAAGAAUGAGCACAAAGCAAUCCUAAAGACACUGAAGGACGAGCAGACGAGGAAGCUGGCCAUUUUGGCCGAGCAGUAUGAACAGAGUAUAAACGAGAUGAUGGCCUCUCAAGCGUUACGGCUAGACGAGGCACAAGAGGCAGAGUGCCAGGCCUUGAGACUACAGCUCCAGCAGGAGAUGGAGCUGCUCAACGCCUACCAGAGCAAAAUCAAGAUGCAAACGGAGGCCCAGCACGAGCGCGAGCUACAGAAGCUAGAGCAGAGGGUGUCCCUGCGCAGAGCGCAUCUUGAGCAGAAGAUUGAAGAGGAGCUGGCUGCCCUGCAGAAGGAACGCAGUGAGAGGAUCAAGACUCUCCUGGAGAGACAAGAGCGAGAGACCGAGACUUUUGACAUGGAGAGCCUCAGAAUGGGCUUUGGGAAUUUGGUGACAUUAGAUUUUCCUAAGGAGGACUAUAGAUGAGAUUAAAUUUUUUUGCCAUUUACAAAAAAAAAAUGAAAAAAAGAAAACAAAAAAAUUCAGACCCUGCGAAACUACAUUCCCCAUCUUAACGGGCGCUGCUCUCUCUCUCUCUCUCUCUCUCUCUCUCUCUCUCUCUCUUUCUUUCUCUCUUCCUCCCUCUCUCUCCUCCCCCUUAUCUCCCUCCCUCUCUCUGCCCCUCUCUCUCCCUCCCUGCCUCCUCCCUCUCUCUACCCCUCCCUCUCUCUCUCCCCUCACCUCUCUCUCUCCCUCUCUCUCUCUCCCUGACACCGUGUCGCACUAGUGCCUGUUGAUUCUUACUCCAUCAGGGGCCCUUUCCUCCCCCCCAUGUCAACUUUCAGUGCUGGCCGAGACCCGGCCGCCCCUGCCGUCCACCACCUGCAUUGCGGUGCCGGCGACGACGCGGUUCCGGAUGUCCUGCUGAAAACCUUGGAGGUGGUUUUAGGGUCUGUCAACCAACAAACGGCGAUGGAACACAGAUGGAUGUUGCUUUGAGCAAUCCCUCGUUGUCACCAACCAGUGAAAGUAAAGCAAAAAAAAGAGAAAAUACCUAAAGAAACCUAAAUAAACAAUACAUGCCAAGGGGGAGAGAGACACAAAAUCCGCAGCCUUACACCUUAACCAGCUGCUGCAUAACUUUAUUUUAUUUUAUUUUUUUGGUAUUUAUUCAUCAGGAAUUAAAAAAAAAACAAAGUUUUAUUAAAGAUUGAAAAUUUGAUACAUUUUACAGGAACUAAUUGUGAUGUACAUACGAAGUGGUAACAUAUUAUUACUAUUUUGGGGCCGGGGUGGGUGGGAGGGGUGAAGAGAUCUUGUGGUUUUUAAGAACCUGCCGGCAAGAGUUUGCCUUGCCGUCAGCCUGGUCUACUGUAUCCCAGCAUCCUCUGCGGUUGCAGAUGGUGCGAGGACACUUAAAGGAGCUCACAGAAUCCCAGUAGCACAAAAUUGGGCUUUGGCAAAUCAUGUAUUUUGUGUAUAGAGGGAAUCUAAGGAGAGGAAUUGCUUAUUUUCAUAUUGUAUUUUAACUGUUUCUCUGAUCAGAAUUUUUUUACUUCCUCCUCCUGUUCCUCCCCUGCCCCCCACGCCCACUCCCCACUCCAGUCUCUGGAGUUCAAUGUCUUCUCUGCCAAUCAUCUCUGUUUAUUUCUCCUUCCCUUCCCCACGCCCCCUAUCUGUGGUCAUAAAUAUUGCAUUAUCCAUCCUUUCAAACUGUGUAUUUUCUUACAAUAAAAAAUGAUGACGAGAAAAAGGCUCCGCUCCUUUUGCAUGCACUUAAAAAAAGAAAACAUUUUUCAGGUCCCAAGGAAGAGCAUGAUUAACUGUCAGGGCUUUUAAUUAUAUUUGUAAAUAAAAGUGUUCGUCACAU